AUGAAUGGGCAAGCCAUAGCCUGGACGAUUAUCGGAGCCGCAACGAUUCUGGGUGCAGGAGCCAUGUGGGUGACUUUCUCCCGCCAUCAGGUCAGUGGUCUUAUGCGCACGUCGAUCGUGGCGCUUCUAGUUGCGUUUUUUUUAGUGCCCGCGCCGGUGCCGAACUAUGAAUCGGAGUUAGCUCCUGCCUUUAUCGUAUUGAUAUUUGAGACAUUUUUUCAAACCGAAGGGCACCCUCAAGGCAGUAUACGUAAUCUGCUGGUCGGUUUACUGAUAGCGCUGAGCCUUUCUUUUUUAGCGCAUUAUCUGUUCCGGCGAUUUGCGCCUGGCGAUGCAGACCCGCAGCCUGAUGGGUCCGUGCGACAUCUGAACGUCUUCACAUUUUAUAUCAGCCUGUGGUUGCUGGCUUUUGGCACAGUUGCCCAUGCGGCACCCGUUGACCUGCGCUUGGUGGUUGAUGUCAGUCAGGCAACCCAUGACGCAGACCGCUCCAAUGCCCGGCGCACAGCGCUGGAGUAUUUUAUCCGUAACCUUCCAGACGACGCUUACGCCGGUGUCUGGAGUUACGCGCGGUAUGUUCGGCAAGUGGCCAAACUCGAGAUCAGUGAUGGAUUGUGGAAGCAGGUGGCCAGUAUCCAUGCCGCGAGCCUGCAACCUGAAGGUGGUCGGGCAAGGCUUGAAGAGGCGCUGCUUGCAGCUACAAAAUUACCCAUUCGACAUGACAACAGUCAGCCUGCACACAUGAUCCUUAUGGCCAGCGGUUUGCUUAACAGCGGUUCGGGAGAAGCAGCCGAUACCCAAGCCCGCCAGCGUCUCUUGACGCAGUGGUUGCCUCAACAGCAGGCGCAACAUCGGAAAAUACAUACCAUAGCCAUCGGGCCGCCUGAACUCAGUGACCAUCUGCUGCUGCGGCAGCUUUCUGAAUCUACCGGUGGGCUGCACGUCGUGGCUGGGAGCGCCUCCACGCUGCGUGAUGCACUGGUUGAUGUCUUGUCCCAUGUCGAGCCACAACCGCUGGUACAGGCCGAUGAAGGCGGACGAUUUCAGGUGGCGCCGGGCGCUACGAGGCUCACGGUAACCUGGUUUGGUGAACCGGAAUUGUCAGCGGAUCCGAGCAUACAGCUACCAGAUGGUCAGACUUAUAGCCGAAAGACUGCGUUCAAUGGUGGUCGCUGGUUGAUCGAUCAGGGCUUCGAAAUGCUGACAAUCGAAGAUCCGGCGCCGGGUUGGUGGAAAUUGCAGGGCAAAACCCCGGAUAAACUGGCUGUAUUUGGCGAGAUUGAUGUGCGGAUUGAUGGCGUCGGCGCAACGGUUGUGCCCACUGACGAAAGUCGCGCAACUAUCACCCUGUUUGAUGCUGGGGAGCGUAUAUCGCUGCCGAGUUUUUUGGAUCUGCUGGAAGUAAGCGCCUGGGUGCAUUCGGGAACUGAGCGAAGUCCAUUGCCUGUUGAGCGGGUUGAGUCAGAAUACAUCGCGCAUUUUGUGACGCUAGAUGAUGGCUUUCACGAGCUCGAGGUUGAAAUCGUUGCGCCAACCUUCAAACGACAGUUUUUUACGCCCUUUACAGUGGCGAACCCGAUGUUGGUUGAUAUCCUUGCUGAUGAAAAAGGUCAGCCGAUUGCCUGGUUUCAGUUUUCCCACCCGAAAGUAGAUUACGCAACGCUGAAAGCCACAGGGAUGGUGCGUAAACCGCCCCAAAUUGCCUCGCUUAUACCCGGUCAGGCCCUUCCUGCGGGCGUCUGGCGGAUUCCCUUGGAUCAGAACGACGGUAUUGUUGAGGUGUCAUUUUCCGCAGCGGGUAAUUACCUCGAUGGCAGCGGUCUAUUUAUCAAAACCAAACCACAUGCCAUCAGUUUACCGCUGAUACCUGGCGAACGGCUGCGGUUGCGUUACGAUGCCCAGGGCAGAAUGAUUGAAUUGCCAAUUGAUCCCCCAUUGUCACCUGUUGAAGCCCCUGUAUCGGAGGCUUCAGCCGUGGUCGCCGCGCAAGUCAGUGUCCCGGCUGCGGAAUUAGAGCCAACUGCUCAGACUGACCCUGAACUACCCCUUAUCCCACUGUGGUUUGUGGCCUUGAUCAGCCUGUUGAACUUUGUUUUGGCCGGCGGCAUCUGGUGGCUGAACAAACCCAAACCGCUCGAGCUGGCCAUCGACUGA